UGGAGUAUACCCGGAAUAAAGGAUGCCAGUAGUGGAGUGUCACACCCUGUUUUAGGGUGUUUGCGUCCGUUUAGCGGUGCUUUAGUUCCCAUCGUCUGGGCCUUCCUUCUCGUUUUCCCAAGACCGGAGCGUGUGCUGUGUGAGAUUGAUAUGCGAGAAGGUGCAGACGAGGUUUGGUGAAUCAUCCAACAAAGCCUGGGGAUCCACCUGCAAAGUCUGUGUCGAACUUAUCACUUAUCACGUCUGUUCUCCACAUCUUGUGCUUCAAGUUGUUGAGGAGGCCGACGAUAUAAGAAGGCGUAGGGAAGCACUUUGGUGUUUCUUCAUACCUCAUACCAAUAAUCAACAAUCAGUUAUCAGUUAACGGUUGAAGAGAGUGGUAGAAACCAUGGAUCCUGUUAAAUCCCAAUCACCAAGUUCAGUCUCCAUGACUAAGGAACAAGGCACCGUCAAAGAGAGCGCUCUCCCAGAGGUUGUUCUGGAUAAACCAGAUGACGCAGCGAUCUUUCUCGCUGAACACGAUGGUAAAUAUGAACCUCUGACUCCAGAAGAGGAAAAGAAGGCCAUCAGAAAGACCGACUGGAUUCUGUUGCCAUGUCUGUUCUGGACUGCGACAUGGGGUGCCGUUGACAAAGUUUCUCUUUCCACAGCAGCUAUCUUUGGAUUGAGAACCGAUUUGAACCUGCACGGACAGCAGUACAGUUGGUUAUCAUCAAUAUUAUUCAUUGGUUCUCUGGUUGGUAUGUGGCCAAUGUCCAUAAUGGUGCAAAAGUUUAGAACUGGUAAAGUUCUGGCAUGUGCUGCUGUCGGAUGGUCUGCACUUACUUUGUUACAAUGUUCCUGCCACAACUUUGCUGGAUUGGCAAGCUUGAGAUUUCUCAUGGGGUUUUUGGAGUGUGUUAUUGUCCCUGGUUGUUCUUUGAUGAUAUCUGUGUUCUACAAGAAGUCUGAGUCACCACAUAGAACAGCGUUGGUGUUCGCCUUUGGCUCCUCCAUCAUCAACGGUGCGCUCUCUGCUCUGGCUUCUACCUUUGGCAGUGCAAUUCCAACUUGGAAGUACAUCUACCUCCUUGUCGGCUCCAUCUCCUUUGUCUGGUCGUGCUGUAUGGUCUGGUUCCUACCAGACUCUCCAAUCAACUCCAAAUGGCUAUCAGACAGAGAGAAAGUGUUCAUGGUGAAGAGAAUGGCCUCCAACAAAACUGGUGUUUCUUCAAACGACUUCAAAUGGGACCAGGUCCGCGAGGCUUUCAUGGACCCACGUACCUACAUCGUUAUGCUCUUCAACUUUGGCAUCAACAUUCCAAAUGGUGGACUGUCCACCUUUAAUGCCAUUAUCAUCAAGAAUUUGAAAUUCACCUCAGUUCAGGCAUCUCUUAUGGGCAUGCCAACCGGUGUGAUUGCAUCGUUGGCAGCGUUCGGCUUCACCUGGCUCGCUGCCAGAUGGAACAACAAGCGUUGUCUUGUUGCCAUUAUCUCACUUGUCGUCCCACUCAUCGGAGCCGUGAUCUGUUACGCUUCCCCACAGAGCAAUACAGGCGCUCAACUAGCUGGCCUAUACAUGAUGUACUUCUACUUCUCCUCCUACGUUGUGAUGAUCUCUCUUGUCCAGGCUAACACCGCAGGCAACACCAAGAAAGCAGUGACGUAUGGAUUCAACUACCUCGGUUACGCCGGUGGUGCGAUCACAGGCACUCAGACCUUCCGUACAAAGGAUGCUCCAAAAUACAGCGUUGGAUUCGCCAGUAUGAUGGUUGGAUACUGUGUGUGUAUGGCUCUAUCAGCACUGUACUGGGCUAUCUGUAUUUUGAUGAACAAGAAGAAAGAGAAGAAGAUGGAAGCUGCCGGCGAAGUUGAAGAUCAGUUACAACUUGAUGGGCUGGAGGAUGAAGAGGUGGCGGACCUGACCGAUUACAAGCAGUGCCAUUUCAAGUACACCACUUGAAUAUAUAAGAGUUACUGGUUUAAUUCAGAUAUUC